AUGAGGGUGGUCCGUGGCCUGGAUCCCUUGCCCUGCCUUCUCCUCCUUGUAUUCCUGGACCCCCACAGCCCCAAGGGGGGCCAUCUGCCUCAGCGAAGAUUUGAGUACAAGCUCAGCUUCAAAGGGCCAAGGCUGGCAUUGCCUGGGGUUGGAAUACCCUUCUGGAGCCAUCACGGAGAUGCCAUCCCGGGCCUGGAGGAAGUACGGCUGGCCCCAUCCAUGCGGAACCGGAGUGGCGCCGUGUGGAGUACAACCCCCAUCCUCUUCCCUGCUUGGGAGGUGGAGAUACAGAUGAGGGUGACCGGGCCGGGGCGCCGGGGAGCCCAGGGCAUGGCCGUGUGGUACACCCAGGGCAGGGGCCAGGUAGGCCCUGUCCUGGGGGCGCCGGACUUGGGGAACGGCAUUGGGAUCCUCUUCGACUCCUCAGCCCAAGAUCCCCAGAACAGCCCUGCCAUCCAUGUGCUGGCCAGAGAUGGGCACACCCUCUACGAGCCUCUUGGGGAUGGAGGCAGCCUGGUGCUGGGCUCCUGCCGCCAGGACUUCCGGAACCGGCCGUACCCCUUCAGAGCACGGAUCACCUACUGGGGGCAGAGGCUGCGUGUGUCUUUGAACAGCGGCCUCACUCCCAGCGACCCAGAUGAGGUCUGUGUCGAUGUGGGGCCCCUGCUUUUGGCCCCUGGAGGUUUCUUUGGGGUCUCUGCGGCCACGAGCAUCCUGGCAGAUGACCAUGACGUCCUGUCCUUCCUGACCUUCAGUCUGCGUGAGCCGGGUCCAGAGCCUCUCUCACAGCCCUUCUUGGAGACAGAGCAGCUCCGCCUGGAGAAGCAGCUGGAAGGGCUGCGGGCAAGGCUGGGCCUGGGCACCAAGGAAGACAUGACUCCAAAGCUGAACUAUGGAGUCCAGGAAGAGGGGGAACAAAGCUUCGGCCUAGAGGAGACACUGAAAAGACACAGGCAGAUCCUGCAGACCCUCCAGGGUCUCUCCAAGCACUUGGCACAGGCUGAGCAGCAAUGGAAACAGCAGCUGGGGUCCCCAGGCCAGAUCAGGCCUGAGGGAGGAUGGGACUCAGCCAAGGUCAGUGCCCUACUCCGUGGACAGCAAAACCUGCUGCAAAACCUGCAAGAGAUGAGGGAUGCAGCUGCUCACAUGGCCUCAAGGGCCCAGGUCUUCUACCUGCCCGUGGGCACCAAGCAUCAUUUCUCAGAGCUGGCCCAGAUCCUGAGCCUCCUGCAGAAGGACCUGCGGGGCCCAGCGAGAGCAGCAGCCAAGGACCCUCGCUCACCUGGCAGGUCCCCAAGGGUUUCCUUGUGCCUGCAGCCUGGCAUCUUCCUGUUCUUCCUCCUCAUCCAGACUGUAGGCUUCUUCUGCUAUGUACACUUCAGGUGGAAGCUGGACAAGGGCCUUCAGGACUAUUUGUCCACAUGCAGCCUUCCUCUGAGUUCUACACCACAAAUCCCUAGGGCCCUCGGGGCUCUGCGGAGGCAGCCCUUCUCCCCCAGCAUACAGGCGUGA